ACCCACCACCAAACUUUAUCUGUUCUAUUAUGUCUUUGCUCGGCCAUGACAGCCCAAGCUGUCUUUUUGAACAUUUCUCUGUCUCUCUUCGCUGACUGGUACUAACAGGAGCGAGCGAGAGAGAGAGAGCUUUUUGGAUAUGGCAUUUGUGUUCUCCAACAAGUUCAAGGCCCUGAUAAACAGUACAUUUCUGCUGCUGCUAUGUUUCUUCUUCACCACUCACAUAAGGUCUCCUUCACCUUCUUUCAACCUCACAACCAUUAAGGCUCCUAAGGGAGAUGGCUGCAUUGGUCUGAAAAAGCUUAAAGAUCAUCACUCCAAGUGUCUAUACCUCAAGACCCACAUCCCAUGCGUCUCCCAAGGUUAUCUCAACUAUCUCCAUAUUUUCUAUUGUGUUUGUGGGAGAUAUUCUCCAUUAGGGUAUGCACUGGUGGCCCUUUGGCUACUAGUCCUGUUUUAUCUCCUAGGGAACACCGCUUCUCGGUACUUUUGCACCUCUGUGGAGAGCCUGUCGAGGGAGCUGAGGCUAUCACCAACCAUAGCUGGGGUUACCCUUCUGUCCCUGGGUAAUGGCUCGCCCGACGUGUUUGCGAGCAUCGUCUCGUUCCGGUCGGGCUCCGGCGAGGUGGGCCUGAGCAGUGUUCUCGGUGGCGCUUUCUUCGUGUCAUGCGGGGUGGUGGGCAUAAUCAACGUAUGCGCGGCGCGCUCGGGCUCACGCGCGGUGCGCAUCGACCGAUCGUGCUUCGUGCGCGACGUCUGCUUCCUCGUGCUCGUCCUCUCGUCCCUCCUCGCGAUCCUCCUCGUCGGCCGCGUCAAUAUCUGGGAGGCCACGGCCUUCGCCUCCCUCUACUUCGUUUACGUCUCCCUCGUGUCCGCCACCCACAUCUGCCGCGAUAAGUACGAGGACCUCGUCGUGCCGAUCCUCGACAACGAGGAGCCCGACGACGAGGAGCCUGCCAAAGAAUCACCUCCAGAUGCCAACCAACAGCAGCAGAAUCCAUCGACAUACUCCAGUUUCAAAGCCAUGGCAUCAUACUACGUCGGGUGGUUUCUCUACCUCAUCGACAUGCCAUUAUACCUUCCGAGGAGGCUGACAAUACCCGAUGUGUCCGAGGAGAGGUGGUGCAGGCCAUUUGCAGUGGCCUCGGCCACCUUCGCACCACUUCUAAUAGCAGCACUAUGGAAUUCAAAGAGAGGAGGGAUGGGCGCAAAGGAAGGGCUGACAGUAUACCUAUCCGCAGGACUGGUAGGGUUGGUUUUAGGGAUCACUGCACUCCAUACAACAAAGAAGGCUAGCCCACCAAACAGGGUCCUUUUCCCAUGGCUAGCGGGAGGGUUCCUAAUGAGUGUGCUGUGGACUUACAUCAUAGCUGAGGAGUUGGUGGGGCUUUUGGUCUCGUUGGGUCACAUCUUUGGGAUAAGCCCUGCCAUAUUAGGGUUAACAGUCCUUGCAUGGGGGAACUCCAUUGGAGACCUGGUAGCAAAUGUGGCGAUGGCCAUGAAUGGGGGCCAGGAUGGGGCCCAGAUUGCCAUGUCUGGUUGCUAUGCUGGACCCAUCUUCAACACCUUGGCUGGGUUAGGGCUGUCGCUGGUGGUCUCAGCCUGGGCUGUGUACCCCGAGCCAUUUGUGAUUCCAGUGGCACCAGCGUUGCUUGAGAUUCUAGGGUUUAUGAUAGGGGGGCUGCUGUGGGCCCUGGUGAUACUGCAAAGGAAGGACAUGAAGCUCGACAGGGUGGUGGGCAUUGGACUCCUGGCUGUCUACCUUUGCUUUCUGUCUUUGAGGCUGUCUCAGAGCCUAGGGUUGGUGCAAGUUUGAGAACCAUUCUGUCUUUUCGCAUUUUCAUUCUUUCUUAUUUUCAUUAUGAUCUUAGAGGUUUAUAUG